UUUCUUGGCAAACCAAAGUAUCUUUCAUCUUUCCGAAGUUUCAUCAUUUCCAUUUUUUCUUCACCUUUAUCUGAUUCCUCAAAAUGAUAGCCCCCUAUAAAUACCUCAUUUCUCCAUUACACACCAACACAUCUCUUCAUGUUUUGUCUUCCAUAACGGGUGGUUUUAGCAGCAAAAGCAAAGCAUUUUGCUAUUAUCAUAAAAAGUUUCCACAAAUUGAGAUGCCUGAAAAUGCCGCCACAACCAACCUUCAAGAUUGUGGCAUCCAAGAUGAUGUGGCUAUGCAUUCAGAGAGUUACUCCAAAUACUAUGAUGAUGAUGGUCGUCUCAAACGAACUGGAACUGUUUGGACUGCAAGCUCGCACAUAAUAACUGCAGUGAUAGGAUCUGGGGUGCUGUCACUGCCUUGGGGCAUAGCUCAGCUAGGAUGGAUAGCUGGUCCUACUGUCAUGCUCUCGUUCUCUUUGGUUACCAUCUAUAGUUCAUCAUUGCUGGUUCAAUGUUAUCGUUCUGAACACCCUAAUUCUGGCAAGAGAAACUACACUUACACGGACGCAGUUCGCUCCAUUCUUGGAGGAGCCAAUGUUAGGUUGUGUGGGAUACUUCAGUACCUGAUUAUGCUGGGAAUUGUAAUUGGAUACACAAUUGCAGCUUCUAUUAGCAUGAUGGCCAUUAGAAGGUCUAACUGUUUCCAUCAAUCUGGGGGCAAAAACCCAUGUCACAUGAACAGCAACCUAUACACGAUCAUUUUUGGUGCAAUCCAGAUUGUCCUUUCUCAAAUUCCCGAUUUUGACCAAAUAUGGUGGCUCUCAAUAGUUGCUGCAAUAAUGUCUUUCACCUAUUCCAUAAUUGGUCUCUCUCUUGGAAUUGCCAAACUUGCAGAAGUGGGUACCUUCAAAGGUAGCCUAACUGGAAUAACCACUGGAUCUGUGUCAUUGUCCCAGAAAAUUUGGAGGACUUCCCAAGCUCUCGGUGACAUAGCCUUUGCCUAUUCAUUUGCUUCGGUUCUCGUGGAAAUUCAGGACACCAUAAAAUCUCCACCUUCUGAAGCAAAAACCAUGAAGAAGGCCUCGUUGAUAAGUGUUACAGUGACGACAGUAUUUUACAUGAUGUGUGGGUGCACGGGGUAUGCUGCUUUUGGAGAUGCCGCACCUGGGAAUCUGCUAACUGGUUUUGGUUUCUAUAACCCAUAUUGGCUCCUAGACAUUGCAAAUGCUGCCAUAGUAAUUCACCUUUUGGGAGCAUGCCAAGUGUUUUCCCAACCCAUCUUUGCCUUUGUGGAGAAAAGGGUGACACAAAGAUGCCCCAACCUUGAAAGGGAGUUAAAGAUUCCAAUCCCUGGUUACCCCCCAUACAAACUAAAAAUGUUUAGAUUAGUUUGGAGGACUUUGUAUGUUGUUUUUACAACUCUCGUAUCCAUGGUGAUUCCAUUCUUCAAUGACGUCGUGGGAGUGAUUGGGGCAUUGGGAUUUUGGCCCCUCAAUGUUUACUUUCCAGUGGAGAUGUAUAUCUCACAGAAGAAGAUCCCCAAAUGGAGUAACAGAUGGAUUAGCCUCAAAAUAUUUACUGUGGCCUGCCUUAUUGUUUCAGUUGUUGCUGCUGUUGGCUCAGUGGCAGGAGUCGUACUUGACCUUAAGAAAUAUAAACCAUUCCACACAAACUAUUAACCUUCAUCUGUCGCCACCACCUUGUGGAUGUAAGAAACUGAAGUGGCGUGGUAGCUAUGUUUCUGCUUUCUAUGCAACAUUAUAUUUCAGAUCAAUUGGGUUACUCUAAGCCUCUCCUUGCCUAGAAAAAUCAAAGUCAGGAUUUAUUUGAAUGUGUCCAAACAAAGAGUACCUACUUUCCACCCUAUUAUUCUUAUUUUUUGAGGUUUAGCAUUCCCCAAGCCAUUUUAAACUUUGAAUUGCAACAUGUAAUAGAACUUUGCCUGAGUCUAUGUUCCAAAAAUGAAUGCUAUUAUAAUGAUUAGAGUUUUUUUUUUUUACUUUCUAUUUUGAUUUACUCCUUUUGUAUCCAGAUAUUCAUUAAAUACUAAAUAAAUUUAAGAAUAUUUCAAAUAAUUUUUUUUUGUAAAAAUAAAUAAUAAUAAAACCACAAUUUCUUCUAAACCAAAUCUGACUCAGCUUGUAUUUGAGAUCUUUUAACUGCUCGGUCAAGAUUCAACAUUAUACAAACCAUGUAGAAGCCUUACUUACCCCUAAUUUGAUUAUUUUAACUAAAUGAAUGAAACUUUAAGACAUUCAUACAAACUAAGUCGAAAUUUUGAAGAGCUUAAU